UAACUGAUCUUCCAAUCAGUUUUCUCUAAAAAGUAUUAACGUUUUAUCAAGUGUUAAAUACAUCGGGAUAUUUUGAAGGGAGGACACUACUAUCGGAUUGUUUUAUCCUUCACCGAGUCCGCGAAUAUCCGGUGCGCUAUUGGGUAGGGAGAGAGCGCAGCGGAGACGCACAGGGAGGUCCAGUCCAGGAACGUAGUGGCUUCCUGGGUGAAUAAUUUGUUCUUCUAGAGGCAUCAGCUUGUUCCCAGGUUUGGUGCGAAUGAUCCAUCAGCAGAAUCUCAUUGAAACACAUACUUUACUUGUGCUGUAGUUUAUUACAAAAUAAUCUAAAGAAGUGCGUCAACCAAAGGAUACGCGCGCUGCAAUUUAUCCAGAAGAGGUGUCCAAGUUGUGCCGCUAGAAAUUUGGAUAGAAGCUGGUACAGUAUGACUUGUCGGCUUGGCAGCGUUAGUGUUUAUCUAUAGCCUAAUACUGACUCGCGCGUUAUCAAUUACGACCAAGGGCGGCAAAUAUCUGAAGAUCUAAAUAUGAUUAUAAAUAGCUCGGACAUAUUUUGUAACUAUGAAGAAAUAGGUAACUUCACCAACAACUCGUCAUGUGUAAACACGACUCAGUCCUCACCCAGCUUCAUCGACCUGGCGACUUUUAUGCACAUAUUCCCGUCCAUAUACGGCAUCCUGUGUACUAUAGGAGUGAUCGCCAACGGUUUGGUGAUAUACGCAGUGGCAACAUGCAAGAAAAAGAUUGUCUCGGACAUCUACGUGCUGAACUUGGCCAUCGCAGAUAUGCUCUUCUUGCUGGUGAUGCCCUUCAACAUUCACCAGCUGGUCCGGGACAGACAGUGGGUGUUCGGGAACUUCAUGUGCAAAGCUGUCGUGGUGGUGGAUGUUAGCAACCAGUUCACUACCGUGGGGAUUGUAACGGUGCUAUGUAUUGACAGAUACAUUGCCAUCGUCCACCCCACCUCAGAGAAGCGGACCAUCCAGUGGACCAUCAUCAUCAACAUCCUGGUGUGGGUCGGCAGCUUCCUGCUCACCGUGCCCGUCAUGAUCUACGCCAUGGUGGUGAGGAAGCACGACUUGGCGAUAUGCAUGAUGUUCCUGGACGGUCCUGAGGACAUGUACUGGUACACUCUCUACCAGUCCAUCCUGGGCUUCAUCUUCCCUCUCAUCAUCAUCUCCACCUUCUACUCCCUCACCCUCUACCACGUCUUCAGAUCCAUCCGCCGAGUCAAGCGUAAACAGUCUGUCUGGGCGAAGCGCGCCACCAAGACCGUGGUGAUGGUCAUUGCUCUCUUCCUGGUGUGCUGGAGCCCGUAUCACGUGAUCCAGGUGAUUAACUUGAGCAACAACAGGCCAACCAACACCUUUGUGUAUGUCUACAACAUCAGUAUCUGUCUGAGUUACUCCCACAGCUGCAUCAACCCUCUGAUGCUGCUCAUCUUCGCUCAGAACUACCGCGAGCGUCUCUGUCACAGGAAGGAGUUGAGGAGCUCACAGCAGAACUCCUCCAAGACCACUGUGGUCAAGACAGACGGCUGCAGCGUGGCCACCGACCCCAACUACCGCAGCACAGCCAUGUAAUAAUACAGGCAUUGCCACUCGCAUACUGUAUGUGUGAAUGGGUAGGACAUCUGUUCGUCCUAAUAAUACUACCAAAAGUCAACUGUUUUCCGUUCUGCUAUCUUUGACGAACUUUGAGCAUUUAUGAAUUACUGUAGUUGAACUACACUGCUAUCUUUCCAGGGAAUAGAAGAGGUACUGUGUGUUAGUGGAUGUAUUACCCAACUGACUGUCACUGCUUCGCCAUCACUAAGAAUCAUUGAUCCUGUGGUGGCCGGGUGUUUACUGAAUCGUUAUGUAAGCCGAGCUACUCUGAGAAUGGACUGAGAUUGUUCAUAAUGGAAGUAUCAAAAGGACUGUGUAUCUCUUUCGCUCUCAUACAUGCUUUAACCGCAUUCAAAUAAUCUCGCUCUCGCUCUCUCUCUCUCUGCUUACUUCACUGUAGUAAAUCUUCAAAAGCACUACAGUGAAUACUGUAGUAUAGCAAUAUGGGGGAGGGGAAUGGGCAGGUUAUAUGCAAUCAAAAUACUUUAGUAUUUAGUAUAGUUUUUUUUAAAGUGUAGCGUUUUUUGUGGACAUUACUGUAGUAUUUACUAUAGUAUUCUAUAUUAUACUACACCAUUCUAUAGUAAGUACUUCAAAUGAUUGAGGGACACUACAGUGUGCAGUAUAGUAUUCUACAGUAUACUGCAGUUUACAAUAGAAUUCUAUAGUAAACUGUAGUAUUUUUUUAAUGCGUCUCUGCCAGGGUUGUGUAGCAAAUAUUUGACCGAUGACCUCAGACUGUUUCCCUGAUAAUGAUUGGGAUUGAGUGAGCGUGUUUUAGGGUACUUGGCCUUGUUCAACCUGUGUCCCAGAGGCACCCUGGGUAAUUGAGUCAUUGACUUAGUUGACUGGACCAGUUGGCUGGGUUCAAAUACUAUUUCAGGUAUUUCAAUUACUUUUCUGAACAAGUCUUCAGAUAAUCUUGUUAUUAAAAAAACAAGUAGUUGAAUAUUGGAUUGUAUUUGGAAAUACACAUGGAAAGCAUUUGAAAAUACUCAAAUACACUGACUAAAAUAUACCCCCAUGCAUUCAACCCAACCAGGUAUUUGAAAAUAGUAUUUGAAAACAGUAUUUUUUUUUUAACUAUUCAAAUACCGAAAAAAAAGUUCUGCUUUUGAGCUGUGUGUUUGAAAAUACUCAAAUACACAGAAAAAAAAAGUAUUUAAAUAAGAAAUAUACAUGCAUUUGGACCCAUGUCUGGGCAGCAUAUAUUUAUUAAAUUGUUUUAAAUGUAACCUUUACUUAACUAGGCAAGUCAGUCAAGAACAAAUUAUUUACAAUGACGGCCUACUUCGGCGAAGCUGGGCAAAUUGUGCGCCACCCUAUGCGACUCCCAAUCACGGGCGAUUGUGACACAGCCUGGAAUUGAACCAGGGUCUGUAGUGACACCUCUAGCACUGAGAUGCAGGGCCUUAGACCGCUGCGCCACUCGGGAGACCUCUAUCAAGGGGCAUACUCAGAUAUGUUCAGAUACUGAUAGUAUUGUUAUAAGAUACUUCUUGGAAAAAUCAACAGUAUUACUAUUGAUGUUGACGUAAAUCUUCCGAUUGUCAU